CCCCCAUGACCCCUACUUUGAUAUACGCCCACCACUCCGCUGCCCCUGCAAACAGAAAGCCAAGAAUGCCAAUGUAUUCCCUUCCCGUUUAUGCUAUUCUUUUGUUUCUUUCAUGGCCUUUCAGUUCAGUGCUUCUCUGUGCAUCUGAUCACCGCCUUGUCCCUGGCAAGCCGCUCUCCCCUGGUAGUGUUAUUGUCUCUGCAGAUGGCGUAUUCGCCAUGGGCUUCUUCUCCCCAUCCAACUCCACCAAAAAACAUCACUAUGUAGGCAUAUGGUACAAUGGCAUCCCAGAGCGCACCGUGAUAUGGGUCUCCAAUCGUGCUGCACCAAUCACCGAUAUUUCCUCUGCAAAUCUUGCUGUCACCAGUAGCUCAAACCUAGUCCUAUCUGACAGUAAUGGUCGUGUUGUUUGGACAACAAACAACAGCAACAGCAGCACCAAUUCCUCGUCAGCCGAAGCCAUGCUGGACAACACUGGAAACUUCAUCCUCCGGUCAUUGGCUGAUAGCUCCAUACUAUGGCAGAGCUUCGACUAUCCCACUGACACUCUCCUACCCGGCAUGAAUCUCAGGCUGAGCCACAAGAUGCACCCACUGCAGCAGCUCGUUUCUUGGAAAAGCCAACAGGAUCCAUCCCCUGGUGACUUCUCCUACAGCGCAGACCCUGAACACCUCCUGCAGAGCUUCACCUGGCAUGCCUCAAGGCCACACCGGCGAAGCCCAGUGUGGACAAACAACCUCGUUCCUAUGAACUACAUGAGCAGAUCCAAUUCUACCAUAUACAUGGCAUUACAUCCUGCCGGUGACGAGGUGUACAUGUCUUUUGGCAUGCCCACUGGCUCCUUCGUUGUGCUGGUCAGGAUGGAGAUUGACUACUUAGGCAAGGUAAAUAUACUUAUCUGGGAGAGCAAUAUCUCAGUAUGGAAAUCCCUGUACGCACAGCCUGAGCAAGAGUGCAAUAUAUACGGCUACUGUGGUCCGUACGGUUACUGCGAUAACACGCAGAUCGUACCAGGUUGCAAGUGCCUUGAUGGUUUCGAGCCGAGAGAUCGUAAAGGCUGGAUUGCUGGAAGUUUCUCCCAGGGAUGCCGCCGGAAGGAGGUGCUAAGGUGUACACAUGGGGAUGGUUUCUUGACCUUUCCAGGCAUGAAGGUCCCUGACAAGUUCCUCCAUGUCCGAAGCAGAAGCUUUGACGAAUGCACAGAGGAAUGCAGGAGCAACUGCUCCUGUGUCGCAUAUGCUUACUCCAAAUUGAACAACAUGGAUAUUGAUGGAGAUGACACAAGGUGCCUGGUAUGGACAGGAGAUUUGAUCGACACGGAGAACUGCAUCCAAGGAGGGGAGAACCUCUAUGUUCGGAGUAACAGAUUAAGAGGCAGCAAGAGAAAAAUCAACACCCUAGAGAUUGUUUUACCAGCUGUGUCAAGUUUGCUCAUUCUCACAUGCAUUGGUCUUAUUUGGUUUUGUGGCUUUAGAGUCCUCACAGCUAACCAAGGAAGCAAGAUUAUGUGGAAAAGGCUGAGUCGUGGAGAUGCAAGCUCUUUUAAUGAACAUGCUGAUAGGAACACAGAAUUUCCUGUUUUGAGCUUCAGAGAAAUUGCUGCUGCGACAAAUAAUUUCUCUGAAUCAAGCAUUGUUGGCCAAGGGGGGUUUGGCAAUGUUUAUAAGGGAACGUUGGGAGAUGGUAUGGAAAUUGCUGUGAAAAGGCUCCGUGUAGGUUCUGUGCAAGGAGCUGUGGAGUUCAAAAAUGAAAUAGCCCUGAUUGCCAAGUUGCAGCACAGAAACUUGGUCAAACUCGUAGGCUGCUGCAAGCAUGAAGAUGAAAAACUAUUGAUUUAUGAGUACCUACCAAACGGAAGUUUGGAUGCCUUCAUUUUCGAUGAUGCCAGAAAAUCACUGCUAAACUGGCCCACAAGAUUUAAGAUAAUCACAGGUAUAGCAAGGGGCCUCCUUUACCUCCACCAAGAUUCCAGAAUGAUGAUGAUUCAUAGAGAUCUCAAAGCUAGCAACAUAUUGUUGGAUGCUGAGAUGAACCCCAAAAUAUCUGAUUUUGGUACGGCUAGGAUCUUUGGUGUCAAUGAACAGCAAGAACAUACCAAUCGAGUCAUCGGAACAUUUGGCUACAUGUCACCUGAAUAUGCAAUGGAAGGCAUCAUCUCGGUGAAAUCUGAUGUGUACAGCUUUGGCGUAUUACUCCUGGAGAUUGUGAGUGGCUUGAAGAUAGGCACUACAAGCCCAACCAGACGCUGUCGAAACCUUAUAGAUUAUGCAUGGAGCUUAUGGAAGGAUGGGAAAAUUUUAAAUCUAGUUGACUCGUCGAUUAUUGAGGGUUGCUCUCUUGAUGAAGCUGGACGGUGCAUCCAUAUGGGACUCUUGAUGGUGCAGGACAAUCCAAAUGCUCGGCCCCUCAUGCCUUGGGUGGUUUCAAGCCUGGAUAACAAAUCCAUAGAGCUCAUGCCGCCAAAAGAGCCUGUAUGCGUUGCUCAUCGGAAUUAUGGAACUGAUGGAGUAGGGGAAAGCCAUGUGAAUCAGAUGAGCCUUGGAAAUCUAAAGGGGCGCUAGGAAUCAACUGGUAUUUGUGGAAGGAACAACCUGUUAUCGUAUUAAGUUAAGAGAAGGAAAACAAUAGCGAGCAUAUCUUUUAUGUAAGAAACUCUAUGUUGAAUGUGUCCUGUCCUUGUGAACCUGAUCCCCCCAUGUACACUUUCUGUUCUUCUCUAGACUGGUUGUGUUGUGUCACCGUCAUGAUUGUAAUUGUGCUCAUAUUGUUAAUAAUAAUAAUUAUAAUAAUAUUAUUAUUA